AUGAACGAAGCAACCCAAGGCGACAAAGCCGGCUCCCAGUCCAACUGGCCCGUCGCAAUAACGCACUAUACAAACGCACUUAUCGAAAACCCACGCGCCCCCAGCUACUACAUCAAACGAUCGACCGCUUACUCACGCCGCAAAGCCGUCGAUGGCGGUCCAGAUCUAAACGCCGCUUUGGGAGAUGUCGAGCUCGCUUUGGCGCUGGCAAGGGAACGGGGUAAGAGAGAACUCAUUAUUGAGGCGCAGCUGCGUAGGGCGAUUGUUUUGUUUCAGCUUGAGCGGUUUGGGGAUGCAGAGUACUUGUUUGAUUUGCUUGAAGACAAGCUGGGGAUAAAAGAUGGUGAUGGUAGUAGUGCGGGUAACAAAUCUGCGCAGGUACAGGCUGCAAUGUCUGCGCAGAAAGGGCAACAGCAAAAAUUGGAGAAUGAGUUGAAGAUAUGGAGACUCAAAAUCAAGGGCAAGAUCGGCAAAUUGGAGACGGGUGAUGAGAAGCUUGCGGUGUCGAUUAAAGAGUAUCCUGAUAUCAAGAUUCCGGAGGAGGAGGAGCUGAGGAAGCGUCUCAAGGAGCAGCUUUCUUCUUCUGGAGCUGCAUCGGUUGUGGAUAGGGCGAAGGAGAGCACACUAGAUGUGUUAGGGUCGACCUCUACUGCGCCGCCGUUUACAGCUGGUCCAGGAGUAGCGGCAACUUCUACAACACCUGCGCCUGUAUCUGCACCGGCCAAGGUUCGACAUGAGUGGUACCAGUCACACGACGCUGUUGUUGUGACAAUCUACGCCAAGAAUGUCGACAAAUCGAAGCUAGAGACUGAUCUUCAGGAUGACUCUCUAUCCCUCGAAUUCCCUCUCCCAUCCGGAUCAAUUUACUCCUUCAACAUCGAUCCCUUUUAUGCUCCCAUAGACACCACCCAAUCCAAAAUCAGCGUCCUAUCCACAAAAAUCGAGGUUACGCUUCGUAAACGAACACCAGGACAGAAAUGGAGUGCCCUCGAAGGCUCAGCAACGGCUCCUAUUAUUUCAGAUGCUGCCAGUACUACGAUCACAGUAAAUUCAGCUGCCACCGUACCAACUACUCAAAAUUCGUCACAGGUCAACAACAACACCGGCGGACCCUCCUACCCGACUUCAUCACGACACGGAGUCAAGAAUUGGGACAAACUCGCCGAUGAUCUAACAGCCAAGAAAAAAAACAAGGACGAGAAGAAGAAGAAAUCCGGAGAGGAUGCCGAAGAGGACGAUGAAGACGACGCGGCAUCCGUUGACUCUGACAUCGGCGGCGGCGACGCAGUAGACUCCUUCUUCAAGAAGUUGUAUGCAGGCGCAGAUCCGGAUACGCGUCGGGCCAUGAUGAAAAGUUUUUAUGAGAGUCAGGGGACGGCGCUGAGCACGAAUUGGGAUGAGGUUGGGAAGGAGAGGGUGGCUGUUGUUCCGCCUUCUGACGAUUAA